AUGGACAUCACCGCCGAGCCCCCCGCAGAAUACCAAGAGCAUCGUCGACUACUGGAACUUCGACGGCAUCGUGCUCGGCGCGCAGCUGCGCGACUGGAAAAGGUUCCGCUGGGUGCAGGCCCGAGACCGGCAAAAAUACCGCAAGCAGUUUAUCGAGUUGGUGCACCAGCGUCUGCGCGCGCACGGCGUCGAGGAGAUGCCCAGGCUGCUGCCGAACCACAGGAGGCAGAGCAGGCGCGACAACCGGCUCGAGUUUUACCACCACCACCACCUCCUCCUCCUCCUCCUCCUCCUCCUCCUCCGGCUCCGGCGCCUGGAGAAGAUGGUCAAGGAGCGAGGUUGCUGGAAGGAAAACAGUUGGGCAGCAAGCCACCAAGCCUACCCGCCGCUUCUGGAUCCGGACUUUACGGGGGACCCCUCGCUGAAAUUCUUCCCAGGAUCCUGACAACGUCGCUCAUCACCGGCUCGGGAUCGCGCGGGGCAGUAUCGAGAGCCAGGAGACGCUGCUGCGGUGGAUGGCGGCACGGUCGGCCGAGAUGGGGACAAGACGACGGGUUCCAGAAGCGUCCCGGUGCUGCUGCUGCUGCUGCUGCUGCUGCUGCUGGCGAGCGAUGA